AUGUCACGGAACACAGACCCAAGGGCCGUACCCUUACGACAACAUAAGAUAGGACCCAAUCGCGGAUCUACAGCCGGGCCCGGUCAGGACGUCCUUUUUUCUCCACCCCCUUCGGAGCCGCCAUCCCCGCGGCCCUGGUACGCCGGCCAUUCCUCUGCCUCGAGCGAGUACGGGACUCACACGCCCGCCAGCUCGGAUUGCCAAGACGAGGGCGUCGCGGAUCUGGAGACCGAUCCGGAGCCUUGCCACGGACCCGCCACGCCAACCAACGAAAGCCCUCGUGGAAGCAGCGAUGGCCAAGACACGCCGGGAGGGGGUGAUACAGCCCGCCCCGGGAGCGACGCUGCAACCAGCAAGCCUUCCGGAGACGGCACCACCACCACCCCCUGCGGCCGCCCCAGCGAGCUGGAGUACCAGGAAAAAUACGGCCCGCAGAUCGAGGCCUGGCUGUCGGACCUGGAGCGCCGCGCGGCCCGGAACACCAACGUCUUCCUCAACGACGGCGUCACCCCUAACCCCGCUCGGGCGCCGUACGUAUCGCUCGGGGGUGGUGGGGUGGCGGGGCGGGGAAACUGGGGCUCGGACGGGCCCGAGCCGUUCUGGCGGUGGUCCGUGCUGUUGCAGCGCUGGAUCCACGAGGACCCCGCCACCGGCAUGCUCCUCAUCUACCCCAAGCAGCUCAUCCAUUAG